CUGAAUGCCAUAAACGAAGAAACAUCACACACAUAUCAAUUCAUAGAUUCAGCAAUGCCUACAAACAAAAAUCCAUCAGAAUCACAGACAAAACACCAUCCAGAUUCCAAAUUUCAUCCACUCCAAGAGCCUGCCAUCCCAUCCUCACCCGAAAACAUCAAUGCCUCUCCAAAUCUCAACCGAUCCAUUCACUCAAACGAUAUCCAUAACCAUUCCACCGUUGAUCCGGGACGCAAAGUACCAACAAUCAUUACGCUACGAAAAGACAAAGGCAGACAAACUGUCAACAUGAAAGAAUUACUCACUGAUUUGAGAAACGGCUAUACCAACGACAAUUCUCCAUCCUCCGUCGUUUCUACGCCUCCUAGUAGUCAUGAAAGCGGACGACACAAAGAACUAAACAGCGUUAUGGCGUUGAUCGAUAGUAUUACGAGUCCUGAUGAAGAAGGAUGGUCAAGGCACCGAAUGCUCACGUUUGCUGCAAAGAGGUAUGCAAGCGCGAUAGAGACCAAUCCAGAUGACUACGACGCGCUUUAUAAUUGGGCGCUAGUUCUUCAGGAAUGUGCGGAUAAUGUUAAUUCGGAUGCUAAUUCACAUUUGAAAGAUGCUUUGCUAAAAGAGGCUUGCAAAAUGUACGAUGAGGCUACGCAAUUAAACCCUGCACUUCAUGAUGCAUAUUAUAACUGGGCGAUUGCCAUAGCUGAUCGAGCCAAGUUGCAUGGCCGAACGAAGGAAGCUGAAGAAUUAUGGAAGCAGGCAACAAAGAAUUACGAAAAAGCUCUUCAACUAAGUUGGAACAGUCCCCAGGCUCUCAACAACUGGGGUCUCGCUUUACAGGAACUGAGUGCGAUUGUUCCUGCACGAGAAAAACAAACUAUAAUAAAAACCGCAAUCAGUAAGUUUCGUGCAGCAGUACGGUUGCAGUUUGAUUUCCAUAGAGCUAUUUACAACCUUGGCACUGUUCUGUACGGGUUAGCAGAAGACACAUCACGAACGGGAGUAUCGCUUGUUGGAAACGAGUUUUCCGCCAAUGAAUUAUACAGUCAAUCUGCUAUCUACAUAGCCGCUGCUCAUGCAUUACGACCAAGUUACUCGGUUUACGCUAGUGCCUUGAAGCUCGUGCGAUCGAUGCUUCCUUUACCCUAUUUAAAGGUUGGAUAUUUUCUGGUGCCGCCAGUGGGAAAUCAAGUCGCCCCACAUUGCGACUGGAAACGGUUUAAGUUUGUUUUGAACCAUGAAGGACUUCAACAGAUCCAUGAUGAUGAGCAAAAGAUUAAUGACAGACCAGCUAUCAUAGUUGAUAUUCUGGAUAUUAUCUCGGUAGCAGUAUGCUCGGAUUUGACUUUACCACCCGGUCCAUCCAUCUGCAUUGAUACCGUUCAUGGACCGGUUUUUUUGAUUGCAGAUUCAUGGGAAAGUUUGGACUCAUGGCUUGACGCUCUGCGACUAGUUUACACGAUAUUCGCACGGGGUAAAAUCGAUGUUCUAGCUGGCAUAAUAACGGGAUAGAAGCUCGCUUUACUAGCAAGAAACUUGGUUAUAUUAUUUCAUCUUUUUAAACCUAAUAACAAAAUUUGAUUCUAGCUCAA